UCAUCGACUUCAUCAUCAACUUUCACAAAAACAUUGGAAAUAAGAGAACCACGAGACCAGUACACUCAAACAACCCCAAAUUCUCUGUCGCCAGCGACCUCUAGUGUGACUUGGCCUUCUGAAUAUUCGCUUUAUGACACUUGCAGAAAUGGCAUCGAAGAAGAAAAUGACAAUAAAUCUUCAUCCGCAAGUUGUUCAUCUUAUAACGAAGACGAGGCUGCUAAUUCCAAAGAAGAACUUAGUUACGAAUGUUUGGGCUCUGGUGACUCUUUGGAUGGUAUUUCUACUUCGUCCGCUUACCAGCGGAAGAGAUGUUGGCUUGGAAUGGGUCACGGGAUAAGAAAUCCAUCAAGUGCUGACGAUGCAAUGACCCAACCAUCAUCAGCUGAAAAUCUUCUCACUGAUUCUCGCAGUGAGGAGGUUGAUAGUGGAAUUGGAAUACUAUCCGACGUGGACAAAAUCCACAACGGACUUAGAGCUCAGUCUAGAAUGACUGUUGAUUGCGAAGAAGGUGAAUUUUAUGAUGAUGUUGAUGAUGAGGAAGAUAGAAAUAAAAGAACAAUGGAAGUGAUGAUGGAACUUGGGACGAAAUCGUCUUCGGAUCCGGUACUGAAGACGAGGACCGACGAGGAUGGAAUGAUCGGCGCCCAGAAGAACAAA